AUGAGAUGUGACAUGCCGAUCUCUCACCCAACACGGUCACCACCCGGGAAUUCGGCGUACCAAUUACAGUUACCAGCCGGGCCAUCAGCUCCGCGUGAGAUCAGAGACAGCAGCAACAAAAACGUGCCUCCUGCAGAGCCCGGGAUCUUGCUGACGGCUUCUGGAAAGGCUGUGGAAGGGACCUUGCACUGCGAUCGGCAGGAUCGUCGGGGGGCGAACAAAACUCAAUGGACCACGACAGGAAUGUUUUGUCGAGACAACGGAAGUGCCGGCGAUGAUCAAUUACUGCUUAAGGAAAUGCUUGCAAGAUGA